UCGCGGGACUCCUCUUCAAAACAAACAAGGCGCUGCCAAUACUUUUCGUUGUCACUUAUUGACGGAAGACAAGCAUAACAUUUAUUCCGUAGUACGGACCAGCUACAGCUAUGGAACCCGGUAGGAUUCGGAAGUUAGAUGAGACGGUGGUAAAUCGCAUAGCGGCUGGAGAGGUUGUCCAAAGACCUGCGAACGCCUUGAAGGAAAUGAUCGAAAACAGCCUUGAUGCAAAAUCAACUCAAAUUCAGGUGACAGUGAAACAAGGAGGCUUAAAGCUCCUACAGAUCCAAGAUAAUGGAACUGGAAUUCGAAAGGAAGACCUAGAAAUAGUGUGUGAACGUUUUACUACUAGUAAACUACGAGAAUUUGGAGAUCUGACUGCCAUCAGCACUUAUGGGUUCCGAGGAGAAGCUCUGGCAUCAAUAAGCCACGUGGCACACUUAACCAUCACUACACGUACAAGUGACUGUAAAUGUGCAUGGAAAGCUUCAUAUAUUGAUAGUCAGCUGACAGGACAACCAAAGCCUUGUGCAGGGAAUCAGGGAACUCAGAUAACAGUAGAGGACUUGUUUUAUAAUGUUUCUACUAGAAGAAAGGCUCUUAAAAGUGGAACAGAAGAGUAUCUGAAAGUGGCAGAGGUUGUUGGUAGAUACGCAGUCCAUAAUGCCAGUGUGGGAUUCACAUUGAAAAAGCAGGGGGAAAGUGCUGCUGAUAUCAGAACACAGCCCAACUCUACAGGUGACGAUAAUAUAAGAACAGUUUAUGGCCCUAAUGUAGCAAAGGAAUUGCUAGAACUUAGAUGUGAAGACACAGAUCUCAAGUUCACAGCAACAGGAUACAUUACUAAUGCCAACUACUCAGUCAAGAAGUGUGUGUUCCUUCUUUUCAUUAAUCAUCGCCUUGUCGAUUCAACAGCUCUGAGAAAAGCCAUUGAAUCAGUGUAUGCAUCCUACCUGCCCAAGAACACGCACCCCUUUCUCUAUGUGAGUCUUGAAAUUGCUCCAGAGCUUGUGGAUGUCAAUGUCCAUCCAACUAAACAUGAAGUUCACUUCCUGAAUGAAGAAGCAGUGAUAGAAAAGAUACAGCAAGCAGUAGAAACUAAGUUGCUUGGUUGUAAUGCUUCAAGAACAUUUUAUACUCAGGCUCUAUUACCUGGUGCCAGCAUAGUAUCAGAAGAAUCAGAUGAGACUGCUGGUACAAGUAACAAACUGUCAGUUGCAAAGGAUGCAAAGGAUAAGGUUUAUGCGCAUCAGAUGAUUCGGACAGACUCUCGGGACCAGAAACUUGAUAAGUUCUUGUCAAAGGCUGAAGUUAAAGCAGAUGAUGCAGAAGAAAAUUUUCAAGAAAAGCCUCAGCAAAGUUCAAGAAAUGAAGCGAAAAGACGUGAGAUACAGUUGACCAGUGUUCUUGCCUUGAUAUCCCAACUUGAGACAAACUGUCACUCAGGUCUUCGAGAAGCUGUAAAAGGCAUGACCUUUGUGGGUUGUGUCAACCCGCAACAUGCUCUCAUACAGCAUGGCAACAAACUUUACUUAACUAACACCACAUCUUUAAGUGAAGAGCUUUUCUACCAAAUACUGCUGACUGAUUUCAGCAAUUUUGGUGCACUUAGAUUGUCAAAGCCAGCUUGUUUAUAUGAGCUUGCAAUGAUGGCACUAGAGUUAGAGGAUAGCGGAUGGUCUGAAGCAGAUGGACCAAAGGAAGAGCUGGCUUCAUAUAUUGUAUCAUUACUUAAAUCCAAGUCUCUCAUGCUGGAUGACUAUUUCAGUUUACAAGUUGAUGAAGAUGGCAAGCUCAUUACCCUUCCCUACUUAUUAGAUGAUUAUGUUCCGGGCAUGGAAGGCUUACCUAUGUAUGUGCUGCGACUAGCAACAGAAGUGGACUGGGACAAUGAGCAAGAAUGCUUUCAGACUUUCUGUAGAGAAACUGCCAAAUUUUUCAGUAUACGCCAGAAUAGCUUGCCAAAUGAUGAGGGAUCUGAGCGAGGGUGGCAGUGGAUGGUAGAGCAUGCCCUGUAUCCUGCAAUGAGGAAGACUCUGCUUCCUCCACAGUACUUUGCCCAAGACACAACUUUUCUCCAAAUUGCUAACCUAACAGAAUUAUAUAGAGUGUUUGAAAGAUGCUGAUUUUUCUACUUGAAAAAAAGGAUGGCAUUUGUAAAUAUGGCCAGAAGACUUGCAUGUGUACAGAUUGGGGAGAUUGUCUUGGAGCACAGCUUAUAGUUGUAAGCUUUUUAUUGUGAGGUAACAAAAAUGUGAUUUGUAAAGAAUCCAUAGUACUCCCAGUCCAGUAAUCUCAAGAGAGGCAAUAGGACAAAUAGAUAAUGAACUAAUUUCCAAUAACCAAGAAUACCUCACUCUUUAUAAUAUAAAAGAAAAGGAUGAAUGAAUAUUGAUCUGCAAUGUAAGUGAUAUGGUUUAUUAAAAGAUAAAAUGA